UGCAUAAGACAACUCGAUACCAUACAUACAAAGAAUGAAAAAAUCCCCGCGAAGUCGAUGCGUGUCUUUUGCUCAAGCUCGUUCGAUGCCGAGUAUAAAUAGGCCUGGAUAUUGAGGACGGAGCAUGAAAUAGUAUCGAGACGGCUUCGAUCGAUAUGUAUUCCUCAUCGACAAGUUCUUUCGCCGUGAUGGCGAUCUUCGCCUGCAUUGGAACUCUGCAGAUUGAGGCUUCGCCGAGCCCCAUUCGGUACGUAACACCAAAACCAGGAAUUGACUACAAGAUUCGUACAGUGACGCCAAAUCCCAGGAUUCGAUAUCUUCGAUCUUUGGAUGAGGAAGGACUUCUGGGAAAUCCCAUCGAAAAUGAGGAUUUGAUAAGUUAUCCUGGGCGGCUUCUACCGAAUGUAGAAACUUUAACCUUCGCACAACCUGCCGAUGAAUAUGUUCCGGAAGCCAAGAAUUCCGUCGAAAUUAAGGAUGAACACGCCAUCAGUAGACGAAGUCCGGAGCGAGUUGUCAUCAAUUAUAAACCACCACCUCCAAAUGGGCCACGUUACGCCCGCUCAGCGAAUGCUGAAGAAGCUGAAGAAUUUGUGAUGCCGUACGAAGACGAAGAAUAAAAACAAUAAAAUUGUUGCUAAGAUAAAUCAAAUUUUAUUUAUCACUCAACUAAUGAGUCUACUUAUAUAUAUACACAGAUGCAAACUGA